CACACUUUUUUUCCCCCCUCUUAGUUUACACAAAUGUUGGUCCCAUAAGAGAUGGCUGCUGGGAAAUUAUCAGGAGACGUCUGCAGCAGAUAAGAUGACACCAAAGCUUUGUUGUGUCAGUUUUGUUUUUUUAAGGAUCGCAUGAAGAGCAUCUGAAAGGGUUCAUUUUGGCAUAAACGUCUUAAUUUGUCACAGAAAUGAAGGAUCGAACUAUUCUGACCCUCUUUGCUGUGAUUGUGCUCCUUCUAAUCUUUUUCCUGACUUCAUUUGAUGAACAGGUGCAAAAUGUUUUUGGAUUCAACAAAACAGAGUUUAAAUUCAAAACAGGCACAGCUAAAGCUGCUCCAAAGUGCAGGCUCUCCGCAGUCUGUCCCAAAGACCACUUUCCUUUUAAAAUUUGGAGUGGAGCUGCUAAUGUUGUUGGGCCAAAAAUCUGUUUCAACGGUAAAAACGUUAUGAGUCACAUUUUGAACAACGUGGGACCAGGACUGAACAUUGUGGUGGUAAAUGAUGAGACUGGAGUUGUAGAAAGGUUUGACUAUCUUAAUAUGAUAAGUGGAAACUCAGCAGACAUCCUGACGUAUUUGGAGAAAAUAAAGCCUGGAAUGAUUGUGCUGGUGGCCUCCUUUGAUGAUGCAGCAACAAAGAUGACAGAUGAAAUAAGGCAGAUGUUUGUUGAUAUGGGAAGCACUUUGAUCCGCUCUGUUAAACACAGAGACAACUGGGUGUUUGCUGGAAGAGCAGGGAAAAAAAUCAAAAGCAUCUUCGAGCAGCGAGCUGAGAAUGAUGAGAAAACAAAUGUUUUCGAUGGAUGGCCAGAGAUGGUGGAAGUGGGUGGCUGUUUCCCAAUGACUAAGAGUGUCUAAAAAUCCAAUUUAAUGGGGCGGGGCUUAUUAAUCUGCAACAGACUUAAAACUUUAGGAAAUCUUUCGGGAAGGUGGUAGCCUAGUGGUUAAGGUAUUGCUCUUGGAUCCCAGAGGUUCUGAGUUCAAGCCCCACUCCCACGGCUGCCACUUUGGGCAAGACCCUUAAUCCCCACACCUCUCCCCAGGCGCCUCACAUUGACACCCUACUGCUCCCCAAAGGUAUGGGUUAAAUGCAGAGAGUAAAUUUUGUACUUGUGACAAUUCUAAUGAUAAUGAAGUUGAAUUCUAUUCAAUUCUGUUCUUUUAUUUUGCCCAAUUAAACAAAACACUGUAGC